AUGCGCUUUGGUACUCUGACAGGCGCGGCCCUGGCCGCUGCCUCUGUCUCUUUUGCGAAGGAGAUGCCCAAGGACGAGGCGCGCGCAGCUGAGCUAUAUGACAGCGGCAAGAUGCACGAGACGAUCAUGGGGAAGAAGAAGGCCUUCUGGAAGUCCGAGAUCGACUCUGGUAUGAUCGACUCGUCGCAAUGGCCCCGGCUCAACUACACCAAGUGUGUAGACGGAAAGGUCGCGGCCAUUCCUGGGGACCCCCACCAUACCUUUCGGUGCAAGAACAUGGAUCUGUAUGACUUUAUCAACCAUGCAGAGCUGGGUUCGCCGUCAUCGGACUCGCAAGGUCGCACUGGUAGCUCUACUUGGGGCUGGACAGAUCCAGAGUCGGGACGAGAGUUCAUUGCCAACGGCAUGUUUGAUGGCACGUCCUUCAUCGAAAUCCUCCCAGAAGGCAAGCUUUUGAAGCUCGGCUUCCUGCCUGCAUUCGCUCCGACAAAUGAUGACGCGUGGUGGAAGGAAAUUCGAACCUUCAAGAACUACGUUCUCAUUGGAAGCGAGCUCGAGGGCCACGGUAUCCAGAUCUUUGACAUGACCAAGCUUCUCGACAUUACUGCUGCCAAUGCUCCCGUCGAGUUUACGAACGAGAAGGACCUGACCGGCCAUUUCGCCGACCUGCCCCUGGGCGCUACCCACAACGUGGUUGUGAACGAAGAACUUGAAUAUGGUGUCGCCGUUGGAGCUCGUCCUCGGAAUGGCGGCUGCUUCGGUGGCUUGAUCUUCUUCGACUUGUCUGAUCCCACCAACCCCGUCAAAACUGGUUGUGACCCCCAAGAUGGAUACACGCAUGAUGCUCAAUGUCUUGUCUACCACGGCCCUGACAAGAAGUACGAGGGACGCGAUAUCUGCUAUGGCUACAACGAGGACACUCUGACAAUUUUCGAUGUCACGGACAAGUCCAACUCAACCAUCAUCUCCAUCACCUCUUAUGAGGGCGCGACCUAUACCCACCAAGGCUGGCUCCUCGACCCCAAGAACCAGGAGUGGCUCUUUAUGGAUGAUGAGUACGAUGAGUACGACGUCAUCGGCCCGGCUCGUGACGGAUAUCCUGUCACGUAUAUCUGGGACAUUCGUUCCCUCGAGAAUCCCAAGAACACUGGCCUAUACAAGGGUAACGUGAAGAGCAUCGACCACAACCAGUAUGUCAAGGACGGACUGGUGUAUCAAUCAAACUAUGGUGCUGGCGUCCGCAUCUACGACGUCUCUUCUGUACCUGAAGACCCUUCGGGUAACAGCGUCUGCGAGAUUGCGUACCUCGAUAUUUACCCCGAAGAUGACGCUCUCCCUGGCGGCGGUAGCCUCGAGUUUGUCGGGUCGUGGGCCUCCUACGCUCUGUUUGACUCUGGCUACAUCUUUAUCAACACCAUCGAGCGUGGCGGCUUCCUCGCCAAGAUGACCAAGCGGGAGGCCUGCAAGCCGAAGAGCUGUAAUGCUGAUAACUGUCUUCGUGCUCUGCGCUCCAGCAACAUCGAGGGCCGCCUCGAGGAGAGCCGGGAAUUCUGUGGAGAAUUCACCAAGACGUUCGUCGCUGAUGUGGCUGUCGUUCCGGAAUAUGCAGUCAAGGCCUGCCCGACUAACGUCAUCUCGCGGGUCUCGUCGGCUUGCUCCUGCCUGCCUACCAGCGCGUCCAGCUAA